UGCCCUCUGUUCUCUCCCAAGAUAAAGCCACCAACCCUUCCAACCGGCAGGAGGACUGGGAGUACAUCAUCGGCUUCUGUGACCAGAUCAACAAGGAGCUGGAGGGGCCACAGAUCUCGGUCCGGCUGCUGGCCCACAAGAUCCAGUCCCCACAGGAAUGGGAGGCAGUGCAGGCCCUGACGGUGCUGGAGGCAUGCAUGAAGAACUGCGGGCGGAGGUUCCACAAUGAAGUGGGCAAGUUCCGCUUCCUGAAUGAGCUCAUCAAAGUCGUCUCUCCCAAGUACCUGGGGGAGCGGGUGUCGGAGCGAGUGAAGACCAAGGUGAUCGAGCUGCUCUAUAGCUGGACACUGGCCUUGCCCGAGGAGUCCAAGAUCAAGGAUGCUUACCACAUGCUGAAGAGACAAGGCAUUGUGCAUUCUGACCCCCCGAUUCCUGCUGACAGGACCCUCAUCCCUUCUCCACCCCCUCGCCCCAAAAACCCUGUGUUUGAUGACGAAGAGAAGUCCAAGCUUUUAGCCAAGCUGCUGAAGAGCAAAAACCCAGAUGACCUGCAAGAGGCCAACAAGCUCAUCAAGUCCAUGGUGAAGGAGGAUGAGGCCCGCAUCCAGAAGGUGACCAGGCGGAUGCACACUUUGGAGGAGGUCAACAACAACGUCAAACUGCUCCACGAGAUGUUGCUGCACUACCGCAGAGAGGACUCCUCCGAGGCGGACAAGGAGCUCAUGCAGGAGCUGUUCGAUCGGUGUGAAAACAAGAGGCGGACAUUAUUCAAGCUGGCCAGCGAGACGGAGGACAACGACAGCAGCCUGGGGGACAUCCUGCAGGCUAGUGACAACCUGUCCCGGGUCAUCAACUCUUACAAAACAAUUAUCCAAGGGCAGGUCGUUAACGGAGAGAUGGCCACCACAGCCCCACCUGUGCCGGAAGGAAACAGCAGCCACGGCACGCUCAUCGACCUGGCGGAGAUGGACCCACCGAGCAGCUCGCCCCCGGCCCCCACACUCUCCCCACCCUCCUCGGGCAUCCCGAUCCUCCCACCGCCCCCACCAACCUCAGGCCUGCCACGCAGCCGUUCCUCCAGCCAGGCUGAGUCCUCCGGGCCUGCCGGUGGCAGCCAUGCCCUCUCCCUGCUGGACGAGGAGCUGCUUUGCUUGGGCCUCGCUGACCCAGCGCCCAGUGCUCCGCCUAAAGACACUGCUGGAAAUAACCAGUGGCACCUAUUCCAGAAUGAGCAGCCGGACCUGGACUUGUUCGGCCCCAGACUGGGCCCUGCUUCCCAAGGCUCUGCAGAUGGCCUUCCCCUGCAGCCAGCAGCCCUGCAGCCCCCUCCUUUCCCCAUGCCUGGCAUCCCGUCCAGCCUUCCUGCCCCAAGUCCAGGCUCCUUCUUAUUCUCCACGGGACUGGCCCCGGCACUGGGCCCAAAGUACCCUGGCUCAGUCCUGGGUGAUGGCGCCCCAGCCCCACUGGACUCACCGGACCCGCUUCUAGACCAGGCCCAAGUGACUUCAGGCUCCCCCAGCAUCUUCCCUGCAGCCACACCCUCCACGCUCCUCUCCACUGCUGCUUCGGCCAGACCUCUGCUCUCCUUCCCAGCUGGGCCUGGCAGCCCCCUCUUCCAGCCCCAGAGCAGCCCCCCAAAGCUGCCUGAGCUCUCCCUGGCCAGCGUUCAUGUCCCCCUGGAGUCCAUCAAGCCUAGCAGCGCCCUCCCCGUGACCGCCUACGAUAAGAACGGCUUUCGCAUCCUCUUCCACUUCGCCAAGGAGUGCCCGCCCGGGAGACCCGACGUGCUGGUGGUGGUGGUGUCCAUGCUGAACACGGCCCCAUUGCCCAUUAGGAGUAUCCUGCUGCAGGCCGCCGUGCCCAAGUCCAUGAAGGUGAAGCUGCAGCCACCUUCGGGCACAGAGCUCUCCCCCUUCAGCCCCGUCCAGCCGCCGGCAGCCAUCACGCAGGUCAUGCUGCUGGCCAACCCACUGAAGGAGAAGGUACGGCUCCGCUACCGGCUGACGUUCGCCCUCGGGGAGCAGCUGAGCACGGAGGUAGGCGAGGUGGAUCAGUUCCCUCCCGUGGAGCAGUGGGGCAGCCUAUGACCCCGGAGCCUGCCGGCCUCCACUGCAAAGCCCACAACUGGCUGUGCCAGGUACACUGCCUGAGUCUGCCUGCAGCCUGGAGCUUUGAUCUGAAAGGGGGACCAGGCGCCUCGCUGCUACUGUCAUCUCUCCUUUGCCCCCAAGAAGACUUGCUUUUACUGACUUGUGUGAUUCAAAGUGGCCAUAGGCUAUGGGGGGGAGGUCACCUGACACACACACCAACCUCGCCCCAGGCUGAGGUCCCCCCCAUCUUAUUGUCAAUCCUAGUUGCUAUGGGGGGGGGAUCAGGGAGGAGACUAGCAGGGCCUCCUUGAGAACCCUGUCUUAGCACCCUGCAAAGAGAGGCUCAGCCCUAGCUGUCUCUACCCCUUGUCCUGCCCCGUGGCCAGCAGGGGAGCAAGACCUUGGAAGGUCUGUGAGCCUGAGUCAGGGGAUGCGCUGGCCUGGAACUGAUACCAAAGGACACCGCAGCCUGGCGUGCUGGGUGCUGCCCGCUUGUCCCAGGAUGCCAUCUAGCAGGCAUGGAGCCCAAGCUCCUGGAAGAUGCUGCCUCAGCCUGGGCACAGGCAGCAGGCACCUUGCUUCUCUGGAGGCCCAGCUCGGCUCUUGAGAGGAGUGUGUGGCCUGCCCUCAGCCAGGCCGCCCAAUUCACUACCUCUUGCUUGGCAUGAAAGACCACCCGCCACCCCCAUCUGAGGGGAGGACAGCCCUGUGGCCCUGUCUCCCCUCCUGGUGGCUUUGGUGUCACAUCACAGCUGCACAAGGGCCUCGGGUGCAGGCACAGUGCACUAAACCAAUCUUGUCCUAGUCACUAGGGUCCUCUAAGGCCCAGCUGUGACUCCCAACUGCUCAGGGCACUGUCGCGAGAUGCUGGGUGUGGCAGGAAGAUGAGGGCCAACCCUAUUGCCUCAGUGCUCAGCCCACCCACUACUAUAGGGGGCUGCGCUCUUGGGCCUGCGUCUCCAGGCUCAACAAGCCAAGAGGGAAGCAGAGCUGCCCACUGACAAGCAGCUUCUCAGCUCAGCUGGAGCAGCACGCCAGGACACCCAGGCCCUCUCCACCCUUCCUGGGCAUCUUUAUCCCGAAUCUAGGCGGCCAAGGCCUCCCAGGCAGGUUCCUCUGCUCCCAUUAGGAAAGUACAAAGGUGAAUCAAUUUCAGUGCUGAAGGAAUAAACUCCAGGGCUUCACCGUAAAGCUCUGGAGCUGUAGACAUUCAGAUGGCGUGUGUCCCUGUCGCUGGGCAGUCUCUGCUCUGGCAAACCGCUGUGCUGGAGACCGAGGCUCUGCUGGCCUUGUUGUGCUGCAUGUGAAAUAAACCGUGUCCCCUCUGCGCACUCCUGCUGCAGGCACCCCACACCCCUCCCUGCGGGGCAGGCCAGUGCUACUCAUGGUUCCCAGUGGGAAGGGUGUGGGGCUGUGCUGGAGUUGCAGGAGUGUUUUUGAUAAA